GUCACACUCACCAACAUCAACUCCGGAUUUUCUGUGUGUUUUUCCAGAAAUUCCCAAGAUUUUAAGUUUAAUUAUUUGCUUUUCUGCCGAAAAUAGCGCACAAUUGCAUGCGGGUGCACCAAUCGCCGGUAACAUUGUGAGGAAACCGGAUCGCAGCCCAGCAGUUGGAGUUUAAUGCCCCACCCACAGGCAUGGCGGUCAAGGUGCAAUUCGAGAUUGGCCACACGUCGAGGCUGCGCAGCAAGAAGACACCGCAUCCGCAGGCCUUCACCCACGACUGGGAGAUCUACGUGAAGGGCGUGAACCAGGCGGACAUUAGCAACUUUGUGGACAAGGUGGUCUUUCUGCUGCACGAUUCAUUUCCUAAGCCCAAGCGCGUGGUCAAGGAACCGCCGUAUGCCAUACAAGAGUCCGGUUAUGCCGGCUUCCUGCUGCCAGUGGAGAUAUUUUUCCGCAACAGAGACGAACCGAAACGCAUAAUGUACCAGUACGACCUGGCGCUGCAGUCCACAGGUCCGCCGCAGCACCAAGUACAGGUAAAGACCCACAUCUUCGAAGCCCCGUCGGAGGAGUUUCGUGCUAAGCUGAUGCGCGGCGGCGGAGUUCCUGUUUUUGGGGCCAACAUCGGUGCCAGCAGUAUCAGUCGAACGCUGUCGCCCAGCGUUGGAAGCGUUGGAGAGCCGGCGCCCAACAACGAGAUAGGCGUUGUAAAAGCAAAAGGCGGUGCCGGCACCGUCUCUAUAAACGUGGAUCCGGGAGCGGGCAAGAAGCACAAGUCGCGCGCAGAGGAUCCCGGCAAGAGCAAUGCAUUUUCGGCCCUCUUUGGCCCACCUAUCACAAAGGGUAGUGCGGCCGGGAAUAGCCAGUCGUUGGUGCCCGUUUCCAAGCACUCUCCAGAAGCCAAAAGUGUCUCGGUUAGCGGCAAGGGUGGCUCCCACGAUGGUAAGGAGAAGGCUAGCAAGGAACGCGAAAAGUCAAGCAGCGGAGACAAGCCGCGGGAAAAGGACAAGAAGGAUCGCCAUGGACGUGACAAGGACCGAAAAUCUAACAAGUCCGGAGAAGGCAAACACGAGCGGGAUAAGGAUAAGUCGAAGAAGGACAAGACACGCGAUAAGGAGCGUGAACGUGAGCAAAGUUCAGGCAGUGCGUCAGCCCCUGGAGCCCUUGCGGCGGCAACCACUAGUCUCCCCGCGGUAGCUGCAGCUGGCGGUUUGGUAAAGCGUACGGCCAGUCCCAAGCCGGGAAAGUCGGCCGAGAUGAGUGCACCCAGCCCUAAGAAAGGAGGAGCAAGUGAACAGUCCACAGCUGCAGCGGCACCCCCUUCGCGAUCCAAAGAACGCGACGAGCACAAGUCAAAUAAGACGGAGUCCAAGGACAAGGAGCGCAGCUCCAGUAAGAAAUCAAAGAAGGAUAAAAAGGACAAGGACAAGGAGCGCGAUCGGGAGAAGCAACGCGAUGAGCACAAAGACAAGCGACAGCCCAAGGAGGAGCGAGCUGGUCAGAGUGACAGUCCGGCUGUCGGAGUCUCACAACACCCUGCUCAGCACCAGUCCCAGCCAGCCGCUACCGGCAAGGCCACCCCCACCUCCGUGGGCAGUAAUAGCAGCAGCAGCCUGGCAUCCACCAGCGGUAAGCACAAAGAGGAGCCCAUUGGCAAGCAUGGCGAAAAGACUGCAGAUCCCAAAGCGACGGACAAGGGCACGAGCAAUGGCAGUGCGACAGCAGACACCAAGAAGUCCCACAAGCACAAGAAGAAAGACAAAAGUAAGGACAAGGACAAAGAGCGCAGCGAUCGCGAUAAGGACAAGGACAAGGAACGCGAUAAGGAGAAACCAAAGGAAAGGGAGAAAGAUAAGCAGCCAGCGACCGCAUCGUCGGAGAAGCCAUCAGCGGCCGAGCCAUCGCCGAAAGCAGAGGGAGCCAGUCCGGCCACCGAGGGAGGGGUCUCGGACAAGACUGCAUCCACUGCCAAUUCAAGCAGCAGCACCAAGAAGGAAAAGCACAAGAAGUCGAAGGAGAAGUCUUCUGGCAAGGAUGAGAAGCGUCAACGGGAGGUAGGCGACAAGCAACCCGAGCCCAAGAACGCCGGGAAGCAGGGGCAGCAGGGACUUCCAGUGGCUGCCCAGCAAAACAAGCCCCCCAGAAACCUGGAUCUCAGUGAUGUGGACUCUGCUCAGUCAGCGCCGGAUCUGGCUGGCAGCAGCGCUUUAACCGCGGCAUCAGCAUCUGCGGCCACACUACAGCACUCGGACAGCUCCAAUAGCAGCUUUCCAGACCUACCCGCAAAAAGUAGUAAUCAAGUGAGGCCAGCGAAGGGCAGUGCCGGUUCCGGCAAGGAGGGAAAGCCCUCUGGCAAGGAGCACAAGGCCAAGUUCAAGCAGAUUGACAAAAGCACUGAGAAAACGGAAAAGCCUAAUAAAACACCGGACGCCAAGUCUGAUAAGUCCGAAAAGCCCGACAAAGAGGAGAAGAAGCGCAUUCGGAGGAGCUCACAAAAUAGCAACAGCGGCAGUGGCGGUGGAGGAGGAGGUUCAGGAGCUGGUGGCUUUAUCGAACCUCCUGUAAAGGCCUCAAAGAAGGAGCAGAACAAAGCCCCGCGGGAAAAGUCUAAGUCGCCUUCGCUACGCCCUUCUAGGGAGACUAACUCCACGGGAGGCACAACCAAUACAGGAUUAGGAUUUCUGCCACCGCCACCAUCAUCUUCGCCUAGUAACAAUCACAUUGGCGGAACAACUGCAGCUAGCUUAAGCAACAACAAUAACAAUAACAACAACACUAACAGCAAUAACGCUCACUCGCCGGCUGAGCUAACAGCGCCCGGACAACUGCAGCUGCCAACGGAGUAUCUGAGUGAGCUGCAAGAGCUGCAUCACAAGAUCAUGACCCUGCAGGACAACGAGGAGUUGCAGCAUGUGGUCGAGAUGAUAGCGGCCACCGGGUGCUAUGAGAUCACGCACAAAACGUUCGACUUUGACCUGUGCAAGCUGGACCGGGUCACAGUGCAGCGGCUCCAGGAAUUUCUUGCCACCUCUGUGUCGUGACACGCCCUAGCCACCACGACUACCACUGGCCCGGCGGCUCUCUACAGUUAGACGAUGCACACACACACACACCACACACACACAUCCCUCAUGCACAUAACCAAAUCAUUAAGCUUAGAGUUAAAGUUGUAAACCAAAAGCGAUAUAACCAUAACCAGGCUUGAGAUACCAGCCCGAAUUCCUCCCCUUCUGCCCCUAGAUCCUAAGUUGUUUGUUAACCCAAAGGGUUGAGCAAAAUCCUCAAAAUUGACUUUUAGUUUUUGAGACUCAUUUGAUAUAAGAUCACAUUUAGAAAUAUGCGUUUUGGUUUCCUAUUCGUUUGUAAUCUUUUUCUGUUCUCCACUCUACACACUUUUUUCACACUGAAGAUGCUUUAUUUUAAUAUAAAUACGCUAUUUAAUUUAUUGAGUAUCUUUUUGCGAAUAAAUUUCUACUUUUGUACGAUAUUUACGUAUGUA